GGUAAAGGCCCAAAAGGUUCCAAAUGUCUGAAUGGCGCCUAUUUUAAACACAUGAGAAAUUUAGUAUGGAAACGAUAGAAUCGUGGUUCAAACGAGAGGUGCAGAGUUGGAGAACUGGAGCUAGUAUUUGUUGGACAGUGAUUUCUCUUCCUGUUUUGUUCACAGUUUAUACUAUUUUAUCACAUUUCUACAUCUUUUAUCCUUUCACAUGGAUUUCAGGAUCCAUUAGUACAGUAUUCUCCGCCUCCUUUGUUUUGUUAUUGUUGCUGUUGAUCCUGGUGAUAGUAGUGGUGUGUGUCUUUUCUAUAUCAUCAUACACAGUGAUUCCAGAAGUUCCUGAGACACGUCUUCAUAGUUUAGUCCAGCUAUUGACCCCACCACGACCUGUACAUGGUAUUGUAUAUGUGAUCAGUGGUGCCAUCUGUACUUGGAUUUGUUGCAAUGUUUUAGGGGGAAGAUAUUCACACCUAUCUGUCCAAAUUGCCAGCAGUAAAAGUUACAUGUUAAAUGAGUACCAUCUAUUCCUGGUUUUGUAUGGAAUCUACAGUGGUUUUAUGUACCUGAUUUUUCAUUAUGUACACUUCAACAACUACCUACAGUUUAGUAUUUUACAGCAGAGUAAAUUUUUCCAGGUCAGAGGACAAGUAGUGGAUGUACUUUUGACAUCAAUACAAUGUACAUUAUGGCAAACAGUUUAUUUUUAUCCAGGAUUCUGGUUACUGGGACAGGUUCCAAAGGAUUGGAUAGUCCACAAUUUGUCACUUCUAAGGUCUGAACAAUCAGUAGACACAGUUUAUGGAUUACUUGAUAUAGGACUGUGUUAUCAGACAGUAUUACUAGGAAUAUUCCUACAUUUUAUGUGGAGUUACAGUGCAUUGUUGUAUAGGGUGUAUUCCACAGAGCAUCUUACAUUUCCUAUAGAAAGUGCUUUUGACAAUACUGCAAACAGAUGUUUGAUAGAUGCUAUGACCUGCCAAAAAGAUGACCUUGUCAAGUAUCUUGGAUUCUUAGAUCUGAGUUGGCUUUCAAAAAAUUCAAUAGAAAGAAGAGCUCAAGUAUUCAGUCUCAGCCAGCCAGGAGGACAUCCUCACAAUUGGAAUAAACUAAGUACAGCCUGUUUGACUGAAAUAGAUGCUCUCAAUCAGAAAGUACAGGAAGAAAACUGGAAAGUAUUUGUAAAUGUUCCUGUCCGACAGACAGAAAAACCUACACCAGUUACUGUUGGUGAUACUACUACAUUGUCCCAUAGAACUACAUCAGAGAAUACAGUUAGUGGUACAGGAGAUUCUCAGACUAACCCAGCAACUACACCUAAAGAAGGGAUUCUGUCAUAUUUAAAGAAGAAACCAUUGUUCAGUUAUUUCUUAAUGGAUUCACCUGAUGCAAAGAGUAGACAACUCUUUCAAGGAGCACAAUUACAAAUAUGGGCAAUAGAAGCAUUAUCUAACUUUGCAACAGCCUCUUAUACAGAAGAUAAGUUUGGAGUAGUACAGCGGUCACUUCCAUCUACUUUGACAUCCCUGCUUAAUUUACAGGAGAAUGUUGAGAAGUAUUUCAAACUAGCAGUAACUUCAAGCAGACGACAAACCAAAGAUUCUAUCACAAAGGAUGCUGGAUUGAAAUAUUUACUACAGACAACAUUGAAAAGUUCACUGUAUAAAAUUGUUAACACAUUUGGAAAACAUUUAAUGAGUUUAAAAUUGCAGCCAGAGGCAACUAGAAAGUUGAAGCAGUUUAUAGAAUAUAAGGAAUAGUUUCACUGGAAUUGCUUAGACUAAAAAAGAAGAUUAUACAUGUACUUUCAAUUAAAGACUAUGAGAUUGAAGAAGUAUGAGGGGCAAAUGUUUCUGUAUAAAUCAGGUUUUCAAAGGAAUAAAUGCUAAUGAAUGUCUGUAAAGUGCUAGUUUUUUACAAUGUUGUUUAAAUAAAUUAAAUGAAAUUGCAAUUGA